AUAUAUGCAGAUAACAAAACAAUAUCAUUAACAAGAGCUUUGUACGUACGAGCUGCGCUACAUUUAUAGAUCCAACAGACAUGAUGAAUUCUCGUAUUGCAUGGCUCGUGAUGGCCUUGAUCUUCUCAGUUCUCUUGAUUGCUGCAGAUCAUAGCAUAGAAGCAAGAAAGGAUCUUGGAGAAUAUUGGAUUAGUGUUAUGAAAGAAGAGCCCAAGCCGGAAGCACUUCAAGUCCUUGUUCCUCUGGAUUCCUCACCAUCUCAACUCAACAAGAAUGCCGAUGACUGUCACACGCCUGAGCUGGGAGCAGAGAUCAACAAAUUAGACCAGCUUGUCGAGGAUUUCAAGCAUAAAGCUGAUCAUGAUCAUCACAAGCAGCGUUUUGUCAAGGAUUUCGAGCCUAGACCAAAUGUCUCAGCAUACGAUGGCGAUAAUGAUGUUGGUCAUGAAUCAGAGAAGAAGUUUAUCAAGGACUUCGAACCCAGACCUAAUGUCUCAGCUUACACUGAUGAUCAUGUCCACAGUUCUAAAGAAAGAGCAUUUGCAGAAGAAUUUGAUCAGCAAACACCAGAUGUUAGUAUUUAUCACGAGUGAGAAUUAAUUAAUUAAGAAGGACAGUGCAAUUUAUUAGGGACUUCGUACGUGUAAGAUAAUAUAUCAGUACGGCAACUUAUAAAUAAGUAAAAAAUAAGAUGCCAAGAAAAAAGAAAAAAGGAAUUAGCUAUGGAAGAAGAUUCCCUAAAUAUUGCACGCAUGGGCUUUUAUUUACGUAAAAUAUAUAUCUUACUUAAGUGUGUAAGUGUGAUGAUGAUCAUCAAAUAAAAUGUAUUAAUGCUUGCUGUGAUUUAUGUUAUCUGCAAUAUGAUAUUAAUUAAGAGUGCGUUAAAUUUUUAAUAAAAUCUUCAACCCUCCAUUUUCAACCCCCUAUGAAGUGGAGUGGUUAGAAG